AAUGGUGAGGAGUCUAGAGGCCUUCUUUAAAACGAUGCCCACGUAAUGAAUAAAAUCGAUUCAAUUUGAUUCUCCUUGCAUCCUUCUUUUACCUGCACCGGCAUUUACAUUUUCAGCUGUGCCAGUCACACGAUGGCUGCCUACGAACUACUUGAAGCAGUAGCUACAAAGCUGCUUGAGGGUAGCCUUUUCAGCAUUGCAGUCGCCGUGAUCAUUACUAUCGGCGUCCCUAUACUACUUCAUCUGAUCUUCUACCGGACGGUAGCCUCGCCGCCGUCAAGCAAUUUCCUCCUUCUAGGACCCAGUGGAGCAGGUAAAACUGCUCUGUUGACUUUGCUUGAAUCAAAGUCAUCAUUUGCCGCAAAGCCGAAAUCACAACCUACACAUACUUCUCAAACCUCAACCCUUGCUACGAUUCGCCUUCCUGUCUCCGUCCCAAUUGGAUCCAACAAGUACCGGUCAGUCAAUGACACAUCCUUGAAAGAGGCUCAACGGAACCCGACCAAAUACCGCGUUAAGGAUACGCCCGGCCAUGGAAAAUUGAGAGGUUCGCAAGGUCUCUCCGAGCUCGUAUCGAUGUCCACAACAAAAGAUACCAAAUCGAGGCUGCGUGGUGUUCUUUUCAUGGUCGACACCGCGGCCAUCUCUGAAACUGAGGCCCUGCGAGAUGCCGCUUCGUACCUCUAUGAUGUGCUUUUGAUACUUCAAAAACGUGCCCUUCAGCGGGGCAAGUCGUCGGCCAGGGCUGCAGCUGAAAUCCCUGUGCUUAUUGCAGCUAACAAGCAGGAUCUUUUCACCGCGCUGCCGCCCGGGUCAGUGCGCGAGAAAUUAGAAGCGGAGAUUGAUCGGAUCCGUAAGUCUAAGAGCAAGGGUAUCAUGGACGCCAGUGCCGACGAUGGUAAUGGUGAAGGAGAGGAUGACAUCUUGGGAAGUUAUGAUCUCAAGGACACGUUCAGCUUCAGGGCCUUGAAGGACGAAAUCGGCGUGCAAGUCGAUGUCGUGGGCGGAGCUGUUAAGGGUGACGAUGGCGAUGAGGUGGGCGCCGGCGUACGGAGAUGGGAGGAAUGGGUUGGCCAGUGCCUGUGAGGCUUGUUUCGCUAGCAACUCCCUCCUACUCAAGACCCAUAGAGACCAAAUGAGGUAUGACUACGCAUAGAAGAGGAAAACAUAGCUGGAUCUGCUAGGUGCAUAUAGAUUGAUUUCUUAAUAUCACGUGCAUAGCU